AUGUCAGACCAACUAUUCAGCGAUGGCCAGCUGGCCGAACUUUCGAACAUCCUUGCGAACCUCAACCCAAACUGCACCGUAUUCUCGCCAGAUGACUUGGAGUCAAGUGAGGAAGAUGACAGCGCAGCUGGCCCCGAAACUGCCACCGACGCAACGCCGAAGUACGACAAAAAGGACGACAUCUGCACCAUUUGCAAUGCCCCAAACGCUCGUCUCUGCUCCCGCUGCCACAGCGCCUCCUACUGCUCUCAGCUCUGCCAGAGAAUCGACUACCCGCUUCACAAAAUGUUGUGCCGAGACGUUGCGGAGGAGGGUCCGAGGCCUGCUGGGCAUAUAAGAGGCAUCUACUUCCCCGUCGAUGGAAACAAGCCCGAGAUAAUUUGGGUGCAAAUCAAGCGCACAGAACCUGGAAAGGGAGCCCAGCUGAAAUUCUUGCUACCCGAUGGAACGGACUUUUUCUCUCAGUUGCCCUACGAAGUCAUCGACGAAAAUCAAGUUCGGUGCCGACAGUCCGGUAUAGGCUACUCGCGCGGUUUACGCAACCUCAAAAAUGAAGGCUACGCUAUUGCUUUGUUCUGUAAGAAUGAGACGCAAUAUGCACCCAACAGCAAUAAGAGCUUUCAGGCUUGCUUGACCACUCCUGAAUCAUACAGCCAUCCCUUCCGGGGGCCUAUGAUUGCUGUUAGACUGAUUCCAAAGAAUUGGUGCGAUGACAUGACAUUGGCUAGCUUCAGGGACGUUAUUGACCACAUUGAGAGGUUCCGCACCAAGUGUUGUGCUAAGAGCAUCCAAAGACUGUCCUUCGGCACUGCUACCCAUCCCCGCGGCGUCAAAAUCAGCUGCAAUGGCGAACGUAGCCGAGGGGAUGCACCCUACGUCUCCGUCUCAGCGAGCAAAGUUCCAUGGAUAUCAGGCAGCAAAGGGUCUCUAUCCGCCACGUCGGCCAAGCUCGGGAUCGCUAUUCGCCUGUGGAAGUAUCCAAUUCCAGAUUACGACCUGAAUCGAGGCAAUCAGGACGCCGCUUUCUUGAUGAAGGAGCUCGACCCGAAGAAAGAGACAUGGGGAUGGGCACCUCAGUACUGGGAUCUUAGCAUUGGCAAUGUGUUCGCCCUGCGCGAUGACGGGAAGGACCUCAGCGUGCGGGAGAUCGAGAUACUCUGCACAUUUGUUACUAAAGACGCCCAGCCAGUAAUUGGUAUGGCCCUGGACAAGUCACUCAUCGCGUACGAGGAAGCGAUGGAGACUUCCGCGGAGCCGGACAUGGAUGAGCUCGAAGAUAAGUGUGCCGCCUUCAGGAAGGAGGCGUUGGACUUUAUCACACGCGAAAACAUGCUGAAGUUGCGCGGAUAA